GCGGCACUUCACCGAAGACUCGACAGGCAAAAGCUUUGCGUUGAGACAAACCAACGCAGAUAUAGAUUUAAACUGAAGCCAGGCACAUUUUUUCUGAUCUCUUGGAUUUCUCUUGUCAUCGUACAAUAGAGCAAUUAUUUCGGUCUCUCUGUCUGCUUUGGGAAAGGUGUUUUAUUCUCAUUAUUCCAUUAGUACCCAACCACUCCGGACCCUCCCCCUCUAGCCUCCUGCGUUGACUAUCUCGCUUUCACUAAAGCGGUCGCACCAAACUCAUCUGAAAAAAUGUCUGCCCCUGAUGCCGCUGCCGCCCCCGGCGCCGAUGGAGCUCCCGCCCCUCCCCCCAACACCACCAGCAACCGGAGACUACAGCAAACGCAGGCGCAAGUGGACGAGGUGGUGGACAUCAUGCGUGUGAACGUGGACAAGGUGCUGGAGCGGGACCAGAAGCUGUCCGAGCUGGACGACCGGGCGGACGCUCUCCAGGCCGGCGCCUCCCAGUUCGAGAGCUGCGCUGCCAAGCUGAAGAACAAGUACUGGUGGAAGAACUGCAAGAUGAUGAUCAUCAUGGGAGUUAUCGGAGUCAUCCUGGUUGGGAUCAUUUGCAUGCACUUCUUCUCCUGAGCCAAAGAUCACAGUGGUGGAGGUGUGCAGAAUGAAAGGAUGACUUGUGAGAGUGAAGAAAAAACAACCACAGCAAAAACACCACUCCCUUCCUCCCUCCCCAUUUUCUCCCCUCCUCUUCCAUCCCUCCCUCUCUCCCUCCCUCCAUUUCUCUCUCUCUCUCUGUGACCCUUCUCUAACGUUCAUCCAUUAUUCAAACACUCUGCACAGGAGGGAGCUGAACAGGAAGAGGGAGAUAGAGAGAGAAAGAGGAAGGGCGGAAGUAAGAGAGAGAGUGAGAAGAGGGAGGGAGAGAGGGAGAGAGGGAGGAGGGAACCAUGUGGAUAUUAAACAUGAGAGGGGAACUGGAGAGAGACUGAUUUACGGAGAAAGGAGAAAAAAUAUUUUUAACCGUGUGGGGGGAAAAUGGUGUUGGGGAAGAGUGUGAGUGUGUGAGUGUGAGUGCAACAGUGUGAUUGCAAGAGUGUGAGUGUGAAAGAGUGAAAAUGAACAACAGAGAUGUGUGUGAGGAGAAGCAGUGACUAUACUCUAGUCCUUCCUCCAUACAGGAGGUUACAGUUAAAGCCUGACGGGCUGCUUUUGCUGGACAGCAAGAUCCACAUUUGUAAACAGAUCCUGACAUCCUAAUAGCAAAGCCAAUAAAUCCCCUUCCCCUUCCUCCACCCAUCCUCCAGCCCCUACUGCUACUCCUAGUAAUACUCCGCUUCUACUUAACCCUGAUACUCGAGGAGAAUGAGAAUCCCUUUGGUGUACGUGUGUGUGUGUGUCCUGUAACCUGUGAUCCAGUCCUUCGUAGCUAGUAGCUGUUUUCUCCUGAUUAUUCGUCUUUUUAAUGUUUGUCUGCUCAGUGCUUCUGUUCUUCUCUCUCCUCUCCUCUCCUCUUUUCCCCUCACGCUCCCUCCGUUCUCUUCCAAGAGAAUUAAAGUAGAGAGCUGGAGAAAGACAAGUGCUGUGAGAGGAUAGAGAAGAACUGCAUGGAAGAAAGACAGAUACAAGAAUUACAAUAGCACAUGACGACAGAUGAGUUCCAGGUCAGUGUCAUUUCUUUAGACAGUUUUACGUUGCAAGUGUUUAGAUCUAGGCACAUAGAUACAGGGUUGACAAUUUCAUCCAAACUGACUAACACACACACACAGUUGCACACUAUUCUGUACAAAAGUGCAGCUCUACAUUCCUACCAGCUUAACUGCUCCAGGGAGGGUACUGCCUACACUACUACAUUCAAAUCCACACUUGGGUGUGUUCCUGAAGUCUGAUGUUUCUCCCAGUUACGAGCAAACUGCCAACGCCAGUUAAAGACUAGUUAAAUAAUGAAUAGCACAGAGCAAAAACGUUGUGCUGCAUUUUCCUAUGGAGGUAGCACAAAGAUGAACACGCUCCUCCUACACACGUACACAGGCGGAAUGAAUGCACACGCAGUCACACUUACACACAGCUUUCUCUGGGCUCUAGGAGUGCACCUGUGCAGCAGGUGACGUUUGCACAGCAGAGCAGACAGAGCAGAUUGCUUGCUUACCUGUGCGUUACAUGUUUCCCCCGGUGGCGUGUGAGUCCGUGUGCGCCGAUUUUUCCACUCUCCGGCUUGUCUUCAAACUCUUGACUGCCUGUUAUAUAAUUUUAGAACUGUUCUCUGCCAUAAAAGUAUUUUCUGUACAAUCUUGUGAAGCCAUUCAAGCUGCCAAAUUUUGUCAUAACUUAAUUUUAAACCAGAAUGUCUAGAAUGAUACUGAGAAGAGUGAGAAAAAAAAUCAUAUUUAUACUGUGUGUUAGGCAUAUGCCAGAACUAGGGAUACAAAUGUUAACUUUAAGAAUACAAAUGUGUUUUUUUAUUUUUAUUUUUGUAUUUUGUUUGAGGUUUGGUUCUGGUGUGAAAUGUUUCCUUUGUAAACAUGAACAGAAGUCUGUGUUUGAAUUUCGUAUAUGACUGACUCAGCUCAGAUUGAGACUCCAGGAUCAAAACAGUGAACUUGUACACAUUAGAUAAUGGCCGUCCUGCCCAGGACAAGAGCCACUGCAUGUUGACUUGCUUAACACUUUUGCUGAUGCCAAGAAAUAA